AUGGCUACUACCGAUCUUACCGUGGAGAAGACGGCCUCCGGCCGCGAGUACAAGGUCAAGGACAUGUCUUUGGCUGAUUUCGGCCGCAUGGAGCUCGAUCUCGCCGAGGUCGAGAUGCCUGGCCUCGUCGCCUGCCGCGAGGAGUUCGGCCCUUCCCAGCCAUUCAAGGGAGCUAAGAUCAGUGGAUCCCUCCACAUGACGGUUCAGACUGCCGUCCUCGUUGAGACCCUCACCGCGCUCGGCGCGGAGGUGAGAUGGUGCUCGUGCAACAUCUUCUCCACCCAGGACCACGCUGCAGCCGUCAUUGCCCGCGAUUCAGCCGCCGUGUUCGCCUGGAAGGGCGAGACCCUGCUGGAGUACUGGUGGUGCACUGAGCGCUGCCUCGACUGGGGCGUCGGCAGCGGCCCCGAUCUCAUCGUUGACGACGGUGGCGACGCCACUCUCCUGAUCCACGAGGGUGUGAAGGCCGAGAUUGAGUUCGAGAAGUCGGGCGCCGUCCCCGACCCCGAGUCGACGACGAACCCCGAGUUCCAGAUCGUGCUCACCAUCAUCCGCGACUCGCUCAAGGAGACGCCCACCAAGUACCGCGACAUGGCGAAGCGCAUCAUGGGUGUGUCGGAGGAGACCACCACCGGCGUCAAGAGGCUGUACCAGAUGCAGAUCAACGGCUCGCUGCUCUUCCCCGCCAUCAACGUCAACGACUCUGUCACCAAGAGCAAGUUCGACAACCUGUACGGUUGCCGUCACUCCCUGCCCGACGGUCUCAUGAGGGCUACUGACGUCAUGAUCGCCGGCAAGACCGCUCUCGUGUGCGGAUACGGUGACGUCGGCAAGGGCUGCGCCGCUGCUCUCAAGGCCGCUGGUGCCCGCGUUACAGUCACGGAGGUCGACCCCAUCUGCGCUCUCCAGGCUGCCAUGGAGGGAUUCGCCGUGAACACCCUGGCGAAUGUGGUUGGCGACACUGACAUCUUCGUUACCACCACUGGUAACAAGGACAUCAUCAUGGUCGCUGACAUGGUGAAGAUGAAGAACAACGCCAUUGUUUGCAACAUCGGUCACUUCGACAAUGAAAUCGACAUGGCCGGCCUGGAGAGCUACCCUGGCGCCAAGAAGGUGACCGUUAAGCCCCAGACGGACCGCUGGGUGUUCCCUGAGACCAACCGUGGCAUCAUCAUUCUGGCUGAGGGUCGCCUGAUGAACCUGGGAUGCGCCACUGGCCACCCCAGCUUCGUGAUGUCGUGCUCGUUCACGAACCAGGUGAUUGCCCAGAUUGAGCUGUGGAAGGAGAAGUACUCGGGCAAGUACAAGAAGGAGGUGUACGUGCUGCCCAAGCACCUGGAUGAGAAGGUCGCUGCACUGCACUUGCCCAAGCUGGGGGCUGUGCUCACCAAGCUGAGCCCUGCCCAGGCUGAGUACAUUAAUGUGCCUGUGGAGGGCCCUUACAAGCCUGCCCACUACAGAGUGGUAGCGGGCGGGCCCGGGCUGGCGGGCGAGCAGGAUCAGGGGCAGCAGGGAUCGUCGGACGACUUUCCGCCGGUGCCGUCGGGUCGGAUGAUGGUACCGAUGAUGAAGAAAGGCUACGGCGCUUUCGGCGGCGGUGGAGCCACGCUCGAGAAGUCCAAGCUCGACCUCUCGUUCUCGGCCACCAAGACCACCCCGCAGAUUGACCUUGGCGGUGGAGGUGGUAACGUCGGUAAGGGUGGAGCGCACGGCGGAGGCGACGGCGGCGACGAUGGUGGCGACGAUGACGACUACUUCGGCGAGGACGACGGCGACGAUGGUGACGACGACGGUUUCAUUCGUAGAGCGAUCAUCUCCGAGGUGUUCGACAGGGCCUCGGUCGAGGCAGUGCUGCAGGAGUGGUUCCGAUCCAUGGCGGACCUUCCCGCCGGCAUCAGACGAGCCGUUGAAAUGGGUCUGGUGAGCUCGGCGCAGAUCGCGCGAUUCAUGUCAAUCGACGCGCGCCCCACCAUCGCGCGCAUCGUCUCCCGCGCUACCCCCGCCGAGGUCUCGCGCGCAUUCGUCGGCCGCAUGAUGGCGGAUCCAGCGUUCAUCUACAAGCUGCUGCUGGAGCAGGCCGUCACAGUCGGCACGUCCGCGUGGUGGGAGGUCAAGCAACGCGGCGACAGACUGAAGGACGAGUGGGGGCUGGCGUUGACCAACGUGCUGACGCUCUCUCUGUGCAACGCGGCGGUGGUGUGGUCGCUGUCCCCCACGCGCUCGUACGGCUCCACGGCCACGUCAGAGUGGCAGAUGGCGCUACAGAAGCUGCCAAACAACAUGUUCGACAAGAGCUACCCCCUGCGCGAGUUCAACCUGCCCGCCCGCGCCGGCAGCUUCUUCUUCAAUGCUGCCAAGCUCAGCCUCGUCGGCUCCACGGUCGGCGCCCUGGGGGGCCUCGCCUCCAACGCCAUCCUCUCGGCCGUUUCCAAGGGCAAGGAGGGGUAUCGGCCGUCAGUGGUGGUGCCAUCCGCCAGCACGAGUGCAGCGGCGUACGGGGCGCACACAGGGCUGUCAGGCAACCUGCGCUACCAGCUGCUGUACGGACUCGACCGCAUGUUGCAGCAGCACUUCAACCACAUCCCCGUUGCUGUCCUCGGCACCACUGCGCUCAGGUGUGGCAACGUUCUAUUGGGCGAGCCGUCUCGUCUGAUGUGGCUGGGGAUGGACGGCGAGGCGCAGCAACAGGCCAAGGCAGAGCAGCAGGCGUACCGCCGCCCGUCCCGCUCCUCCGGUGCCGGCUCCAAGACUAACUCGUUCCUGCAAUCACUGCCCUUCGGCAAGAAAUCAGAGGAAGCACAGCCUAAGAAAAAGAGUGCUGCUAGGAGAGUGACCAAGGCUGCGGCUGCAGGAGGGGCGGAGAGUGGCGCAGAGGUGGGUGCAGUAAGUUCAGAGGGGGCGGAGAAGGUGCAAGGGACGGGAGGUGCAGCUCGCACGACAAAGCGUGGUAGUGGCAUCGCAUCGCAGGCAUCCACGGCGCUGCUUUGCCUCCUUGGAGCGGCGCGGGAUUCUCCUCUCGCCGCCAGAGCCUCCAAUCGCUGCGGCUGCUGGUACGAGCAAGCGCUGAACUGCGCUCCCUCCCUCUUCCUGCAUUGGACUCGUUUCUUUGCCCUGUGCGAUGUCAUACCCGAGAGCCUUUCAACCGCGUCUUUCAUUCGUCGGCGCGCGCAUCACGAGGCUUGCGCGCAUGGGGCGGGACAAGAUGAUGGUGACUAUAACGCGCGGGAGAAAGCUGAUAGUGGCGGUGGUGACUAUAACGCGCGACAGAAGCAUCCCGACGCGUACACAGCGGACGACGACGAGGCGACUGUGCGACGUCGCCUGGCAGCCGAAGGGAUGGAGAUGCGCGACCUGGUGCCACGUGGACGAAUGAGCGCGUGGCACGCGGCCAUCGUGUUCGUCUAUCACAUGCUGCCGUACACGCCCCUCCCCUGCACGCUCGCCACGCUGGCCUGCUUCUACGGGUACAGGGCGUACGGUUGGCAGGGCGCAGUGGCGGUGGUGCUGCUGCUGCUCUUCCUCCGCCUCAUUCCCCUCUACUACAACUCUGCCUGGCGCAAGAAACUCACUUUCCUAUACGAGGCAAUGGCGCACUACAUGACACGCGUGCGUGUCAUCGUGCCAGCUCAGCAGGUGCCACGUGGCGGGUACCUGUUCACGGCGCAUCCCCACGGGCGCAUGUUCUACAGCAGCAGCAUGCUCACGCAGACGGCUCACCUCUGGAAGGACACAUUCUGCCCGCACGGCGAGCUGUUCGGGGCGGCCAACAGCACCUUCUUCGAGGUGCCAGUCAUUCGCUCCAUGCUUUAUAUGGCUGGAGCCAUCCCCGCUAGCAGAGGCAGCAUCAUUGACAAGCUCAGGCACGGCGACCAUGUGGGCAUAGUGGUGGGCGGCAUCAGGGAGGUGUGUCUGGGCACCAACCCUCACACGGACGUGCUCUACCUCAUGAGGCGGCGUGGGUUUGCGCGCAUAGCAGUGGAGGAGAAGGUGGGGGUGGUUCCCAUGUACUGCUUCAAUGAAACCCAGGCCCAUUUCCCCGUGCCAGUGCUCUCCGAUAACCCCGACGGCUGGGGACCCACCACUCUCCCCGAGCAGUUUAAAGACGUCCCGUACGCGCCGUUCAAUAAGGGCGACCGCGUCGGCCGCGCAGCGGACUGGACCUCCCAAGGAUACCGUCGCUACGAUCGCGAUCGCCAGGGCGGGGCGGGCGGGGUGAAUGCCGCCUUCUCCUUCUUCCAGGACCAGGAUGAGGACUCGUUUCAACUGGUGGACACCAAGCCCGUGCAGAAGCCUCGCUACGGGCCCCGCCGCUUCUUCCAGAAUCGGUUCCAGAACCGGCGCGGGGAGGAGGGGAAGCGCGACGGGCGCGACAGCGGCGCGGGCGCGGACAGGGAGCGGCAGCGGCAGCAGCGCAUGCAGCAGCAGAAGCGCGGGCAGUGGAACCCGUACUACGACCGCAACGCGCAGCGCGCCACGUACAACAGCUCCGUCGACAUCCGCCCCGAGUGGGUGGUGCUCGAACAAAUCCCGCUCUCCGCUCUCUCGAAACUCUCCUUCAACGCGGGGGAGCCCCAGGACGUUACGACGUGUGGCGCGCUCGAGUAUUACGACAAGACGUUUGACCGAGUCAACCCCAAGUCGGAGCGGCCGUUGGAGAGGUGUGAAACGCGCCAGUUCCACAAGGUGACGACGAGCGACGACCCCGUGGUGAAGCGGCUGGCGGCGGAGGGCGGAGACGCGCCCGCGGUCUUUGCCACGGACGCCAUCCUCUCCACGCUCAUGUGCGCGCCGCGCUCCGUGUACUCGUGGGACGUGGUCGUGCACAAGAGCGGCGGGAAGCUGUUCUUCGACCAGCGGGACUCGUCAUUUGACUUGCUCACGGUGAACGAGACAGCAACGGGCAUCGAGCCAGCGGCAGAGGACAGCAUCAACGGCAUAGCGUCGCUCAGCCAGGAGGCGACGUUCAUCAACCAGAACUUCUCCCAGCAGAUCGUCAACAAGAAGGGAGCGAAGCGCCAGUUCGCGGAGGCGAAUCCGUUUGCAGCGGAGGGCGAGGAGGUGGCGUCCGUGGCGUACCGCUACCGCAAGUGGAUGCUGGACGGGGACAUGCCGUUGGUGGUGCGCUGUGAGCUAGACGCGGUGUUGGACAUGCGGGGGCAGGAGAUGCUGGCAACUGUGAAUGCGCUGAACGAGUUUGACCCCAAGGUCACGGGCGUGGACUGGCGCGCCAAGAUCGACAAUCAAAGGGGCGCGGUCCUAGCAACGGAGCUGAAGAACAACAGCAACAAGCUUGCCAAGUGGACGGCUCAAGCGCUGCUCGCAGGGGCCGAUCUGAUGAAGCUGGGGUACGUGUCGCGAGUGUUCCCCAAGAACAACCUCAAGCACACCAUUCUCGCAGUGCAGGCGUACAAGCCCCGGGAGCUGGCGAUGCAGAUAACGCUCUCCUCCGCCAACAUGUGGGGCAUCGUCAAGCACAUAGUGGACAUGUGUAUGAAGCUCGAGGAUGGCAAGUACCUCAUCGUAAAGGACCCCAACAAGCCCUUCCUCAGGCUGUACGAGGUGCCAUCGGACGCAUUUGAUAACGAUUAUGUGGAGGAGCCCCUUGCCGAGGAGGACCAGGCCCCGCCACCCCCAGAAGCAGCUGAUGGUGACGCAGAAGCAGCGGCUGAUUCCAAUGCUGCUGCGUGA